CCGGGGCCAGUCGGAGCGGGGCGCGCGCCGCAUGGCGGAAGCGGAAGGGAGUUCUCUGCUCUUGUUGCCGCCGCCGCCGCCACCCCCGCCCAGGAUGGCGGAAGUGGAGGCGCCGACGGCGGCCGAGACGGACAUGAAGCAAUAUCAAGGCUCCGGCGGCGUCGCCAUGGAUGUGGAACGGAGUCGCUUCCCCUACUGCGUGGUGUGGACGCCCAUCCCGGUGCUCACGUGGUUUUUCCCCAUCAUCGGCCACAUGGGCAUCUGCACAUCCACAGGAAUCAUUCGGGACUUCGCAGGCCCCUACUUUGUCUCGGAGGACAACAUGGCCUUUGGAAAGCCUGCCAAGUACUGGAAGUUGGACCCUGCUCAGGUCUAUGCUAGCGGGCCCAACGCAUGGGACACGGCUGUGCACGACGCCUCUGAGGAGUACAAGCACCGCAUGGUAGGUGGGCCAGGGCGGCACCAGCACUCCCCAGGUGGGGACCAGGGGGGAGGCUCCCCUGCAGCCCAUCCUGACCAGCCCUUCUGGUGCCUCCAGCACAAUCUCUGCUGUGACAACUGCCACUCGCACGUGGCAUUGGCCCUGAAUCUGAUGCGCUACAACAACAGCACCAACUGGAAUAUGGUGACGCUCUGCUUCUUCUGCCUGCUCUAUGGGAAGUACGUCAGCGUUGGGGCCUUCGUGAAGACCUGGCUGCCCUUCAUCCUUCUCCUGGGCAUCAUCCUCACCGUCAGCCUGGUCUUUAACCUCCGGUGAUGGCUGCUCGGUGGCCCCACACCCACCAGGGUCCCGAGGAAACAGCCGCCAUCCCUUUUGGUUCCAGAUUUUUUUCUCCUCACCCCAAAAGGCAGGGUUGGGCCUGCUGUUGUGGACCGGGGGUCGGGGCUGGCAGGAUGGAAGGACUGAGGACCAGCAUGAAGUGGGGGUUUGUUGUCUCCCUGCCUCUCAGAAGCACCCUGUCCCCUCCUCCCCAGGCCUGUGACUCCGGCCCUGGAAGCCCCUUUGUUCUUCUGUUGAAAGGCUUUGGCUUCCCUCUGUAGAGCUGCUCCCGCCACCACCUGCUGGGGUCCUGCCUCAGCCCAGUGCCCAGUAUGGGGAGAGGAGGACAUUCGGGCUCACCUGUCAAGGUGGCCCUGGGACCAGAGCUGGUCCCAGCAUGGGGUGCACCGGGUACACUUAACGUGUCUCUAUAAGCCAAGUUGCUUCAGGACCUUCACCACUGGCCUCUAGAAUGGUCCAGAGGGGCUGGCUGGGUCCCUUUGUCAGACUCCUGCUGGCAGCUGCCCUGGGGGACAUGUGUGCACAUCUGGCAUCCUCCAGCCCGUGCAGUCCGCUCUUCACUGUUCCACGGCCUCCCAGUGCCUCCCAGCAUUGGACCCAUCUCCCCCUGCAGUUUGAGGCCAGAGAGGUGAGUGGACCUGACAAGUGCCAGAGUAACCGUGUAGACAGAGCAGUGUAGACAGCACUCAGCCCCAGCCCCAGGUGUGGACCUCAUGCUGGUGAUGGCUCCCCUGGGUCCAAAAUACGCUGGUGAUGGCUCCCCUGGGUGGCCUGCCAGCACAGCCAGUGCCAUCAGGGAGCUGAAGGGGCUGUCCCCCACCUAACUCCAGCUCCCCCUUACUUCACGUUGUCACCAAGGUCCUGUGCCGCCCGCCUCGCCCCCCUGCUCUGUGGAUUCCUUUGGGAAGGGCUCCCUGGGCAGGACAAUAAAGAGUUUUGACUCCA